GCUUGCCGACCGUAGCAUGCAGGGUUGGUUGGUUUUUUUUUUUUUUUUUUUUUUUUUUUUUUUUUUUUUUUUGUGCCCCGGUUGCAUUACAUUCCAGGAAGUAUCGAAGAGGUUGUUGCGAACUUAAAAAAAAAAAAGAAAGAAAAAAAGAAGUUGUGAAGAGCUAUAAUGGGUUCGGCGAUGUCAGCUUUCGCUGCAGCUCGCAAAGCUUCUGAUUCAGCAGACUCUGACGUGGCAGCUCCUCUUCUCAGCAAUGGCGUCGCUAACCCAGAUGACCACUACCCCUAUUGGAGGGUGAAUAGAUCACCUCCGUCAGAUCUGGAAGAUGGGGAAGGUAAUUUUGGACCUGACCCUCAGGAGGAGGAGGAGGAGGAGGAGGAGGAGGGUGAUUGGUUAGUUGGCGAUCGAUUUGUCGACGAAGCUUCGAGGCUUCUUCAUCUUACUCUCCCUGUCUUCCUGACGAAUGUACUUCUCUGUCUUCUUGCUCUCAUCUCCAUGGGGUUCGUCGGGCAUCUCGGCGCUGUCGAGCUUGCAAGCGCCGCCAUCGCCGUCACCAUGUUUAAUGUGAUUGGCAGGGCGGUGGUGAUUGGUUUAGCCGGCGGGCUGGAGACCAUCUGCGGGCAGGCGUACGGCGCGGGGCAGUACACACAGCUGGGCGACGCCUUGCAGCGCGGGAUCGCGAUUCUCAGUCUGGUCGCCGUCCCGUUGGCCGCGAUCCUACUGUUCCUGGAGCGGAUCCUGCUGUUCUUCCGUCAAGAUCCCGACCUGGCGGCGCACGCCCAGGUUUAUAGCAGGUGGUUGAUUCCUGGUCUCUUCGCCCAGGCCUGGUCUACGCCGAUGGAGAAGUACCUUCAGUCUCAGGGUGAGGUGGUGGCACUCAUGGUCGCAGCCGGCUUCACUCUCUUCCUUCACGUGCCAGGGAACUGGCUGCUGAUGCGCACUCUGAAGCUGGGAUUCGUGGGACCCGCCAUAGCCACCUCCUUGUCCAUGUUCUGCUACCCCUUGUUCAUAUUCGCCUACAUUCUUUGGUCCGGUAUCCACAAGAAAUCCUGGACCGGCUGGUCGCUGCGCACCUGUCUCCGCCGCUGGGGGCCGUUCUUCCGCCUGUCUCUCCCCGCGUGCGUCAUGGUGUGCUUGGAGUGGUGGUGCUUCGAGUUCACCGUGCUCCUGGCGGGUCUUCUCCCCGAUCCCGACGUCCAGGUCGCGGCGCUAGUCAUCGUCAUCAACGUCGGAUAUCUCUGCUACAUGUUCCCGAUGGGUUUGUCCUCGGCGGUGACGAUCCGCGUCAGCAACGAGCUGGGCGCGGGCAACCCCGCGCGAGCGAAGCUGGUCGCGAAGACGGUCGUGUUCAUUGCGCUUUCGACCGCCCUCUGUCUCGCUGCGCUUCUCCUCGCCUUGCGGAACGUCCUGCCCGCGCUGUUCACCGGCGACGACGCGGACGAGCUGCGCGUGCGACAGCUGGCGUCGCGCUUGAUUCCGCUCCUAGCCCUUCUGCAGGUGACCGACUUCUGUCAGGCGACCUUGGGCGGCGUGGUGAGGGGAUCCGGACGCCAAGUAGUCGGCGCGGUCGUCAAUUUCGGGGCAUUCUACCUGGUCGCCAUCCCGGUCGGCGCUCUGCUCAGUUUCAAUUUCGGCUGGGGUGCGGUCGGGAUCUGGGCGGGGCAAGACGUCGGCUCGCUCGCGCAGCUGAUCUGCCUCGUCGUCUUCGUCGUCACAUUAGACUGGCAGGGCGAAGCGCGCCGAGCCAAGGACCUGGUCACACAGGGGGGUAAGGACGAGGAGGCGACGGCGGUCCUCGUUGCCAAGCCGUCGUUGGGCGUAGAACAGUAGUUGAAGAACGGGUUUUAAUUUCCUUUCUAUUGCUCCUUCGACCGC